AUUAAUCAACAAGCAAAAACAUGAACUGUCUGAAGAUCUGCGGCUUUGUCUUCGCACUCAUUGCGGCUCUCGCGAGUGCCAGUGCCUCUACACAAGUGAUUAAUGCUAGCGGCCAUACGUUGGUGCAGACGAGCACAGGUCAAUACAUUCGUAAAAAUUAAACAAACGUUGCAAUAAAUGAUGAAAAAUAACUAAAA